UUUCCAAUAGAAUGGACAGGCAAUAAUUGCUUAAUUUGGAAAUAUGACAGCAGAAGAUCAAGAUCAAAUCUCCUAUUUUCUACAAAACUACAGUCACCCUGGCGCUCAGUGCAAGCUCUGAACGCCAUGUUACUGUGUACUGUACUGUACUUCAUGUACAGUGUUUGAGGACUUUCUGUGAUCACACCAACGGAUUAAACUCUACAACAUAUUAUUUUAUAGAUUUCUGGCCAUGUUAAAUUUUAAAAUCAUUAUUAUUCUUACUGUCAUUGUCCCUCUUAACUAUAAAGUUUGUUUUUGUGGAUGUUCUCGAGCAGAAUAUAAGAUACACAACCAGUGCUGCCCCAUGUGUACUGCUGGAAAUUAUGUUCUCUGGCACUGCACAGAUGAUACCAGUACAACCUGUGCACCCUGCCCUAAAUUCACGUUUAUUGAUGAAGUGAAUGGACUCACAAAGUGCUUUCCUUGCAUUGUGUGUGAUGCAGGACAAGGUUUAAAAAUAUAUGAAGACUGCACUAGAUCUUCAAAUACUGUUUGUGUGCCACUGGAUGGAUUUUACUGCAUUGACCGAAUUAAAGGCAGCUGCACUUUAGCUGUGAAACACACUAAAUGUGGUCCUGGAAAAUACAUCAAACAAGCAGGUACUGCAUCCACAGAUACUGUGUGUGAUGACUGUACUGGUGAAACAUAUUCAAAUGGAUCUUUCUCAUCCUGUUUGACGCACACAAAGUGAGUGUUGCUGAUUAUGUGUGCUGUUUGUUAUCAUUCUCCUACAAAUCUGAUGCUGGAUAAUCUGAUGCUCACAGAUGUGAG